AGGCGGAGAGCGGUCACGGUGUCGGUCGCGGGAGCCAUUGUGAGGCGCGCGUCACUGCGAAUCAUGUCGUCGCUAGCGCAGCAAAUUUAUGCCGGGCUCGGAGCCCCGCAUCGCACUCUCGCUCGCCCCCGCGCCACCCGAGGGCUCCGCGUCGUCAACAUGGCCGGGCAGAAGGACGGCAUGGGCGGCCCGCGCAACCGCACGGGCCGCACGCACGACCCCUACAGCACCCCGCUGCGCGACGCCAAUCGCGACCGCCUCUACGGGAUGCUGACCGCCCGCGCCGCGGCUACCCUGCUCACGUACCUGACGGAGUUGAACAAGACCACCGCCCAAUUCUUCCAGGAGUACAUGGCGAAGAACCCGAUCCCUUACGCGUACUGGGAGAGCGGCAAGGUGAAGGACGUGAGCGGGGAGACGUUCAUCCAGGGUUUGCUCACUAUGGGACCGAGGCACAUUGACGAAAAAUACAGGCAGUCGUACAUCACCGUCGACCCGCCCGCGCUGGCGGUCAGACUUCUGGACAUCAGACUGGCGCUGAGGGACGAAUUCGUCGCGGAUCUCGCGUGGGUGAAGGAAGAGAACGCGGACAUCAUGAAGGUGGCGUGCAUGUCGAACCUCGAGUCGAGCGCGAGUCUGGACUGCGACAUCGACUUCGACAACAUGGACGAAGACGACAACUUCGGGGGCAUCCCCGAGGAGGAGUACAUCCCGAGCGGUAGUUCUGUGGACCGCGACGACGGACCGUCUUGGAGUUACGAGUCCAUGCGCGGACGGGAGAUUCAGGGCGAGGGCGUCGACGUGGACUGAAGGGUUAUCGUAGCGGCGGGCGAUUCUUAAAUACUCUUAUGAAGUCCCAAC